AUCAGAUCAGUAAUCGCAUUCCAUUCUGCUCCCAAGCCUUCUCUCAAAGUCCAAAAAUACCACAUCACGCUACAUGAAUGAUGACGCCUUGACCGUUCCACCUUUUCUCACCCAUCGUCCCUCCACCUAUGCCCACAAAGAUGGCACAAACCCCCUUGCUCCGCCUACCCACCUAUAUUCCUAUCCCUGCCCACGCGUCCUCUCGGACACAUUAAUACCAGUGCCACAAGCCACCACAACCAGAAUAAACCAAGUCCAGUAAUCCUAAUCAUAAUCAUAAUCAUCAUCAUAAAUCGACCACUCAUACAACACAAAAUAAACCAAAUAACUAGCCUCUACAAGGAAUCUUUCCCUGUUGUCCUUCAUACUUCCACAAGCCCGUCCUGUCAGUCUACCACAUCAUCUAUUAUCCCAUAUUACAUCGUAUCUCUGA